AUGGUCACCAACACCUGUCAACCGCGAGCGAGCCCCCUACGCCCGGCCAUGCAUCUCUGUACCAGAACCCUCGCUCUUGCCCCUGUCACACGUCGCGUGAUUACGCAGAAUAGGGUUGCAAAGGACAAGGAGAACAAAACUGAGAUUUCCUUUCGUCUCAGCAGCGCUGAAGAUGGGGGUAGUCCAGACACGCGAGACGAUCAAGUCCUAGGUACCGGCGCUCCUCUUGCCGAGACCCUUGCUUUCAAGAACACUAUCAACAUUGUCCGAAGCUGCGAUGUCCGGAAUGAGAUAGGUCAGCCUCACAAGCUAGAAGCUAUCGAGGGCGUUAUUCAUAAAGAUCCCUGGAUGGGCGAGGGCGAUGACGAUGCGCAUUUCAUGUGCCAAAGCUACAACUCGCGCUUCAUCAACGCCUGGCUUUUGCAAGUUCCAGAGGACAUCAGAGCAGACUUUCUGGGUGACAGCGACAUUGAAGAGCACUCUGAACACCCCAUCAACACCGAUACAGGAACUCUGAUGGCCCGUGUGGAGCAGCCCGAGUCGACUCGCAACCCCGAAACCCUCAGGCCUGACCACAAGAAGCAUGCGGAUCGUUGGACAAGCAACUACCAUAUCAAGAGCAGGAUCAUGAUGCGCGAGAGAGACGCAGCUCUUGUGCAGCAAAGACAGGCUACACCUGUCUCUAUCAAUGGCUGCGAGUCUAAAAUUCAGCCAAUUUCGCAACGUGAGGUUGCGAUCGAUUGCGUACUUCGACCAGCCAAACCGAACGAUGUUCCUGGGAUCAUCGAUAUUUACAACAGGGAGAUCAAGAAAGGCCACCGUGCCCUUGACAGCGACUUAGUGUCGGAGAAUGACCUGAACGCCAUCGGUAACAGCUGCCGCACACAGUGUCUUCCUUUCAUUGUUGCCAUCCGCCAGUCGCCUGACCUGACUGACCCAUCCAUCUGGCCCAGCAAAGCUGCCUGGGAAAGCUUCAUGCAAAUGCCUCGAAAGCCUGUUCCACAGCCACCGCUCGUGAUCGGGUUUGCCUUCUGCGAGACCCUCAAGGUUGGGUUCGGCAAGGGCGGCCAUGUUGGUCAACAGAGCGCAAGGCUUCAUGUGUACACCCACCACGACUACCGGCGUAAAAAUGUGGGAAGUGCCCUGUUGGACCGAAUCCUUACCCAUAUGUCACGCUCGCACAUUCCGGACACUACGAAGCACGACUAG